GGUGGCUUCAGUUCACAAUAGACUGUAGUCUGCGGCGGAAUCCCCCGGCUUGGCUGAGGAGUGGCGGAGGCAGUAGAAAUGAAGAUCCGGUACGGAAUUUGGAAAGAAGGGUGUUCUGGUUAUUUCAGCUGUUAUUUACUAAUCAGCACAUUAGUGGGUCUGACACUGAAGUAGUUGCUGCCUUUCAAUACCCAGUGAUGUUUGCCUCCAUGUCUUCCUCACUCCUUGUUAAGGAUACCAUUAAGGGAGCAAUGCCCACAGCUAAAAGUUCACCUAUCCUCUCUCCACUACACUGUCCUCUUCCCAGCUCCGACUCGCCUGGACAAGGCAGCGCAGUCCCUUUAAUCGAGGACCUGAGAGUACUUCUUGUGCCAGGAUUGUUGCCUGUUAGAAGUACUUUCUGCUGAGCACCCUCAGACCCAGGCAGGGCUGCACUGCUGAACUACAAUUCCCUGCAUUUCCUGAUGGUUCCAGAAUGGGUGCCGAUAUCGAAGGCCACUGCCAUCUAGUGACUGGGGAGAAUAAACAACCUCCACAGACAGUCCUUCUCUGUUCUCCUCUUUUAUCCCAGCCAGGGAAGGUGCUACACACAUCUGGUUGAGACUCUUGUUCAUAUGUUUGUGGCUUCUCUUCUGACUGGGAUGUCCAUCCGUCCAUUAGGGAUGCCUUGUCUGAGUUCAACAUCCUUCCCUCUCUUGUCCGGGAUGCCUUUCUGUCCAUUCAUGGCCUCCCAUCUGGGGAGUUUCAGGCUUUCCAUGAUGUAGAAGAUGACCAGUCUGAUGCUUUGCUGGUUGCUACUGGUUGGGACCCCUCCAGGUGUAAAAGAGCCAGACACUGAAGACUUUCGACAGAAGCAAGAAAUGAAAGAGACUUUUUUAAACAUUAUGAUGGUGCAGUUGAAUCAGGAGUUUGAUUACCGAAGUAGUGUAGAUAUCACAGAAGGUGCAGGUAAAACUGCAGGCUACAAAGCAACUGAGAGACAAGACAAAUGGGAAGUGUCCUUACUGUGGAGUUUUUUGUUGGGAAUGGUGCUUCUAACUGUGGAGUUUUGUCGGCAAGACGUGUAUCAAAAUGGAAUGGACUUCCUUAGGAAUAACAGUAACACACUGGUAUGUGAAUGGGAUGAAGAGGACAUUGAACCUAGGUCUUUGUAUAGUCAACUGCUUUCACCUCAUCAACUAAAAGCCCUUGAAGAUUUCUACCAGACGCAAGUUCAGAUCAGACUUCCUCGAGUACACAGCAAGGACUGUGAAUUUGUGGAAGGCCUCGUAGAUAGUCUUCUGGACAUCAUCUAUGAUAUGCAUUGUGGGAUUGUUGUAGAGGAUUGUAUCGGAGUUGGCUGCAUGUUUGAGAAGUGGGGAGGUAUACGGUCAUCAUUUGUUUAUGAUGUUCUUGUUCCCCUGCAAUUCCCAGAUGAAUAUACAAUUCACAUGGAAGCAGAUGAUGAUUUUAGUAUACCGCCAUGUAAAAGGGGCUAUGGCACUAUUGCUUUGGUCCAAAAAUGCUCUUGCACAUGUAGCACCCAUGGCCUGGAGGGAAUGUUAUGCCUCAUUCACAGAAAACUGACACGACAACAGCACAACAACAUUUCUUUACUGGAGUCUUUGCUCACUUCCACUGGACACUUUGAUGCUGCCAUUGUCCUUCCCUGGUUUGGCACGAUGUUACAAAAGGCGUGGAGUAAAGUGUUUUAUAAGUAUGGGUUCAAAAUUUCCUUCUCUCCAUCCUCUCCUUGCAGGCUAAUGCUGGUCUACCCAUCAAAUCGGUCAUUUUCAAUCAAUAUUAUCCCUGCUGUGCAAUACAAAUAUUCUCAGGUAUACUAUGUGCCACUAUUACCCUCACCAGAAGUGCCCACUGACAUUUACUGGCUUCAGAACUUCAGUAUUUAUGAAGCUCGGUUUCUAAAGUUCAUCACAAAAUCCAUCCCUGGUAUUAGCUGCCACCUAAAAUGCCUCCAGACUCUGAUUUUCCUGAUGGAGUGCAGAUCUUUCCAAAAAGCUGAUGGAACCUUUCUGACCUCCUAUCAUCUUAAAACAGUGCUGCUACAUCUGCUGGUCUUCCAGCCUCCUGAGCUAUGGCAGGCAAGCUAUUUUGCAGAAAGGUUGUGUGACAUAUUGCGCUUCCUGGGGCACAGCUUGGAUGAGCGAUGGCUGUCGCACUUUGUAAUUGGCAAUAAGGUAUCAAUCGACAACAUUCCAGAAGUGUUCUCACAAGCGGAGCCUCUAAACCUCUUCCGGCCAUUGGUUGCCAACAAAAACCUGUAUCUAACUGCAAAAAAUGAAUAUCUGGAACUGCUGUCCCAUGUAAAUUCUAUAAGUGGAGAAGAAAAGAUCUGGAAAGACUGUGAGACAUGAGAAAGAGAUUAAUAAUGAGGACUAAGACAUGGAAAGAGGAAAAAAAUCAAUGCUGACUGACACAGAAAGAAAGAAAGAAAGAAAGAAAGAAAGAAAGAAAGAAAGAAAGAAAGAAAGAAAGAAAGAAAAACAAGGACACAUGAACAGAGACUGGUUCAUAUUAACAAAUAUGCUGUGAAUAUACCUUACAGCUAAUAAAAAAAAAAACACAAACAGCACUGAAACAAAACUUGAAGAAAAUACUUUUUAAAUCUUUUGUGAAUGCAGAACUCGAAAACACAGUUGUUCUCAUUUCCUCCUUAUAUGGGACUCAGACAUACUUACUACUUUCACUUUCUGUAUCAGACUAGUUUUUAUGCAUUUUAUUAGUCCAUUAAAUUUACAUCCUUAAUGGC